AAGAAGCAAUCAACCAAAUGGAAAAACAGCUUCGCAGAGAAAAGGAGAGGGAGGUAGAAAUGUCCAAAACCUAAGGUUUCUGCUACGGGUGCACUUGUUAGUUCGUACCCCAGUUGACAUUUUCUCGCGUCUUAGGAUAGGAAGUGCGGCGGGAAAAUGGUAAGAAGCGUAGAGAGUGAAAAUUCGCAAUCUCAGAGUCCUCGAAAUGGAUCUCCUGCUGCUUCCAGUUCUUCAACUAAUCCGGUGAGAGUUCUGGCGAGACCCGACCCCUUCUUGGUGGUUUGUAGAUGCUUCAGCGUUUUGACUGCCAUUGCUGCUAUUCUUUGUAUUACUGUCAAUGUCCUUUCUGCUCUCAGAUCCUUCAAGAACGGUUCCGAUAUAUUCGAUGGGAUAUUUCGUUGUUAUGCGGUCGUGAUUGCGCUUUUCGUAGUUGUUGCAGAGACAGAAUGGGCUUCCAUUAUCAAAUUCUGGAAGGGUCUGGAAUACUGGGCUGGGAGGGGUAUGCUGCAAAUAUUCGUCGCUGUGAUGACAAAAGCUUAUCCCGAAGACAAUAAGGAAAGGAAGGACCUUGUUCUUCUCCAAAAUAUAGCGUGCUACAUGCUCCUAAGUUGUGGUGUCUUUUAUCUUGUUUCGGGUAUCUUAUGCAUCGGUCAUCUCAAACGCACUCGUCAAAAGAAAGAAGUUUCAAGAGACCAAGCUGUUAAGGAUCUUGAAGAACUGGAGCGGCAAAGAGAGGAACUUGAAGCAUUGCUGUUACUUGAAGAAAGAUUUUGACAAAAAAAUGGUAUCUUCUAAGAUUGUAUUUCAUUUUCACUAGGAGCCAUUGCAUCUUUGUCUUAGUUUUGGGUUUGGAUUGUUUGUAUAUUUGUCGCAAACCUUCCUAUUUUAUCCAAGUGAAAGAAAAGCAAAUUCUAACAGGAUCAGGAUAUGCCCCUCCUCCUCCUAUAAGUUGUCCUUGCAGUGAAUUUCGUUAAUGAUUUGGGAGUUCAAUUUGUUUUACAAUAUUGUUUGUUUAUCAAUAUCAAUUGUUUCAGAUCAUAAUUGAUUAUAGAUAGUAAAGAAACUUGUUCUCUUUUAAACCUA